CUAUCCAAACACCUACUCCUCCCACUUUUAUAUAUAUGUAUAUUCACUUUCCCCUUCUUUCCCUCCCUUGUGUUUUCACAGCCUCCGCCCCCCUCUCUUUCUCUCCGUACAUUUCUACCUCUUGUUCUACAGUGCAAAUUCAGCUGGGGUUUUGCUUUUCACAAUGAGAAAGCCUUGCUGUGACAAGCAAGACACCAAUAAAGGAGCUUGGUCCAAACAAGAAGACCAGAAACUUAUUGAUUAUAUUCGAAAACAUGGCGAAGGUUGCUGGCGUACUCUCCCUCAAGCUGCAGGUCUACUUCGUUGUGGUAAAAGUUGUCGACUAAGAUGGAUAAAUUAUCUUCGACCUGACCUUAAAAGAGGCAACUUUGCCGAAGAUGAAGAAGAUCUUAUCAUCAAACUUCACGCCCUUCUAGGCAAUAGGUGGUCACUGAUAGCUGGAAGAUUGCCAGGACGUACAGACAAUGAAGUGAAGAAUUAUUGGAAUUCUCAUUUACGGAGGAAGCUUUUAAACAUGGGGAUUGAUCCAAAUAAUCAUAGAUUAAACCAUAGUCUUCCUCGCCCUGUGCAUCAGAACCCAGAAAACUCGACGAGCACAGCUUCAACAUCUUCUUUAAUGAAAAACGAUACAAAUAAUCAGCUAGUGAGAUCUCAACAACGGCGUGACAAUGAUCAAGUUUCUGAUGCCGGAAGUUGCUUGGAGGAUGAGGCGCCGGGGGCGCCAUGUGGAUCAACGUUGCCCGAUUUGAACCUUGAUCUCUCCAUGAGUUUUCCUUCAUCUUCAUCACUUGGUAUUAAUAAAGAUGAAGAUAAGGAGAAAAAACUUAAUAUUGAUCCUAAUUUAAGCCAACAAGAACUGGUCCCUUCUUCCGCUGCCACACUUGUUCUCUUCCAAUAAUCAUAUUCAAUAUUACUCAACAGAUUUGUUGAGUAUUCCAGGCCGAAAAUGGGAUCAAUUAGGGUCUCAUUUUGUACAAAUUGAUUGUUUGAAUAGCCAAAUUAAUUAAUAGAAAUCGUUCCCUUUUCUUGGAGGUCGAGCAAAGGGUGACAAAAAGAACAAGUCAGCUAGCAGUGAGUUAAGAUUUCCUUGUAAAUUUUUGUGACAAUUGCCUUACAUAUAUACUAUAUUUGCGACAUGUAUUAAUCAGUAUAAUUGUAAUAGUAUUAUUACAUUUGAAUCUAUUGUGUUAUUUCCAAUUUUUAAUCAAUUUGGUAUUGAAUUUCAA